AUGCCGUGCCCCCUUCUGGUGCUCCAGAUCAGCGUCGUGGCCGGCCGAUGCGCCAAGCGCGCGAAGCGCGAAGGCCCGGACUUCCAGACGUCGGACGGCACGACGGGCGAGUCCUCCGAAGAGUGCGGCGCCUCCGAGAGCGAGAACGACGCCGCGGACACCUCGGCGCGGCGCAUCGUCACCGUCGCCGCCACGGUGGCGAGCUUGGCGGACUCGGCGCUGGCGCAGGUGCCCGGGGUCGCGAGCAUCGGGGUGGUCCCCACGAUCCAGGCGGCGAUGGUGUACGGCAUAGGGAAUCAGUACGGUUGCCACCUGGACCGCGCGCACGCGCUCACCAUCGUGACCUACUUGUUGAGCCAUCAAGUGAAGAAGACCAUGUUCAAGGAGAUCGUCGGGUAUAUCCCCUUCGCUGGCAAUUUGAUCAAAGGCAGCAUCACGUGGUUCAUGACGGCGGGCAUCGGAGAGACGGCGCUGCGAAACCUCCGGUGCAAGUCGGACAGCCAGGACCUGCUGCUGAGGGCGCGGGCCCUGCAGAACGGCACCUCCGAGGACGAAGGCGAGGACGAGUCCGACGAGGCAGGAGGGUUCGACAUCUUUCACACCUUCUCCGACUACCUCGUCAACCAGGACCUCACUCCAGAGAGGUUUAUGCAGAUGAUCAAGCAGGCCGUUGUGAGCCCAGGCAGGGACGAGUUGAUGGACAAGCUCGUGGUCGUCGGGCCCCUGGCCCACUAG